AUUUUUAGAGGCGACAUUUUGAUCUGUUUUAGGCAAUAGCUCCCACUCUUUGGGUAGCGAGUAUGAAUUGAUAAAAACAAGCCCGGGCCAUCUGCCCCUCAGUAUAGUGAAGUGGGGAGGUUUAAUCCAGAUUACGGCCACAGCAUAACUGUGUGUGUGUUUUUUUUUCUUUUUUUGGCGUCUGCUCACAGUCGUCAGUGUGCCCUUGACAACAGAGAUAGGCAGCAGGUUGGGUACACAGACUAGGUACUGCUAGCCAUUACAUUCUACUGGAAUUUUACUCAACUACAAAUUUACAUUUGAAUCUUUCCAGAUUCCCAUUGGGAAAAGAUGGCUUUUCUUAUCAAAUCCAUGCUACCAGCAAACCCCCUGAAGGGAAUGAUGGGGGGUGAAGAGAAGGCAGAGGAGGCAGCCCCAAAAGACCCCGCGGCCGCUGCUGGCAUGACCCGUGAGGAGUAUGAGGAAUACCAGAAGCAGGUGGUGGAGGAGAAGAUGGAAAGAGAUUCAGAGUUCUUACACAAAAAGGCUGAGAGGGCAACGCUCCGGGUGUGCCUAAGAGACAAGUACCGCUUACCGAAGAGUGAACAGGAUGAGAACAUGCUCGACAUGGCAGGUGAUGACGUUGACGUGCCUGAAGAGCUGCUGAAGAUGGUGGAUGAGGACGCCACAGAAGAGGAGGAGAAGGACUCCAUCCUGGGCCAGAUGCAGAACCUCCAGAACAUGGACAUGGACCAGAUCAAGGAGAAGGCCUCGGCAACCCUGGCCGAGGUGAAGACCAAGGCUGAGGAGAAGUGUUCUAUCAUGUAACGAGGGAGAGAAAAGUUACACAAGAGAAAGAAAGGAAAGUUAAAAAUAAUAAGGGAAAACUGUUGAUUAAUUCUGGCUCUCAAGAAAUUGCUGGUUCAGAGGCAUGUCCUUCUCCCCUUUGCUUUGAUCACUGGUGGUUUGCUGGCUGUUUGGAUGAAAUUCAUAGCUGAUCUCGUUGGAACCUCCUGUUUUGCCCAAAACAUAUUUCUCUGAAUCGUGUCCCAUUGAUGUGUACCCUCACCCCUCUAUCCUGUGGGAUAGAUUCUUUUGUAUGUGAUGUAUGAAUAAAUGAUGUCUUAGAUGUGGUCCCCUGUCUCUUUCUCUCUUUCUCUCUCUCUUUCCACCCUCUAAACCAGGAGCCAUAGGAAGCUAGACCAAUUACAGAAUUUUGGAAUACAUUAAUACAUGAUUAAAUAUACAUAUUUUGAAACGUAUAUAUUUCUCUAAAAUAAUUCCACAGGUGAAUUCAUGUCAAGUAUGUUUCAUCAUUCAUAUCAGCACAUCUUACCAUCUUUGCUGGGCUCAAUACCUUCUGUUUCACAACAAAGUGCAACAGCUUUCUUUAUUUUGCUGAAUGUUCCAACAGGGAAAAUGUAUGUUUAGCUUUACUCAUUUUGUGUACAUAAGAAGUAAAUUACUCUGUUUAAGUAUACAAUAAUGUAAACACAGGCUAAAAUGACUGCUGAUUUGUGUACUUAAUAAAACAGUUUAUUCAUA